AUCGGUAAUAUAGAAAUCAAUGACACAAUAAUACAUGAUGUGACAGCUUGCUUAUGACACUGACGUUUCAGACUUAAUCUGUGGGUACAACAAACUUAAAAUAAUGUUUAUUUAAAAUAAAUAAGAAAUAACCAUCAAAGUUUCUGCUAUAAUGGGUACUGCGAUUAGUCGGCACGAGAAUUUAAGUGCCAACAAGUACCUAUUACAAUUUGUUUCUAAGGAGUCUAUAUCACAAAAUGAACCAUUUUGGAAUCGUUUUCUUGCAUUCAAUAUCAAUCCACCGGUCACAAAUCAAGAACAACUUAGUCUAGAUAGUCGAGUUGAACCGUUAUUUCAACAAUUGAUUAUCAAUAAUUUAGAGUCUGGUAAUGUUGGUACGUUAAUUCAUGUUUUUAUUCAUCAUUCGGCCGAGCUCCUAGCUUCUAUACAAACUGAAAACCAUAUGUUUGCAUGGCAAACAUUCAAUGCACUAUUCAUUAUUCGUUGUGUUAUUAAAUAUUUAGUUGAAACACUAUCCGAAGAGCAAUUAAUCAAUCAUUUUGAAGCUGUACCGAAAAAUUCUAAACCAAAAAUUGAACCAAUUGCAAGAUUGGAAUUAUUUUUAGAUGCUUUGAUUGAAAUUAUAGUCGAUGUACCUUUAAAAGACUUUACGUAUAAUGUUAUAUUGGAAGCAGUGAAUUGUUUAUUAGUUCUCUUAAGUGUACAAGCUUAUGGUUCAAGUAAUAUAAAUGCACCACGUGCAGGAGCUGCUGAACGAUCGGUUAUUUAUCGUACAGUUAUGUUAGAUCGGCAAUCAGUAAAUGCAGCAGUUUUAAUGAGAAAUCUUCUUCAACAUUUUAUAAAUCAACAAAAACCGCCAGAGAAUAAUAAUGAAGGUGGAAGUGUUGUUAUUGGCAUUGCUGCUGAAUUAUGGUCAAUGUUAACAUUUGGUGGUGUUAAAAAAAAUGAUCCAAUGACAUCCAUGUCAUUAGCAACGAACGAAUCACCAGAAACAAUGGGUAUAAUGCGUUCGGAUACACCGUUAGCAAACCAAGCAUUAUUAUUAAUAUUAGUAUUAACAAAUCAUUGUACAACAACUGUAAAUCCAUAUCGACAUAGUUUAUUCGCAUGUUUAAAUUCGUUAGACAAAACACCAGUCGCACCAUCACAACUAGUUACAUUAUUUCAAAUUGAUUUCAACGCAUUAUUUUUAACUAUGUGUCAAGUGGUCUCAAGUGAACCACCCACAUUACUUUUAUAUUUAAUAUUACAUCGUAAUCAACAUUUUAAGAAGUAUGUUAUGCAACGACCUGAUCUAGAAAAUCUUAUAAUCCCUAUUCUGCGCACAUUAUACUAUGCGCCUGAAAGUAACUCACAUCAUAUCUACAUGUCCUUAAUUAUCCUUCUAAUUUUAAGUGAGGAUGAUGUGUUUAAUAAAGGAAUACAUGAAAUUAAAUUAAAAAAUAUUCCAUGGUAUACAGAACGAGCCAUAUCAGAAAUAACUUUGGGCGGUUUACUUAUUCUAGUUGUAAUACGAACAAUACAAUAUAAUAUGUUAAAAAUGCGCGAUAAAUAUUUACAUACAAAUUGUUUAGCUGCAUUAGCUAAUAUGUCUGGACAAUUUCGUUGGCUACAUCCAUAUGUUGCACAACGUUUAGUCUCAUUAUUUGAAACACUAGCAAAAAAACAUUCACGGCUUAGUAAUUAUGUUAAAGAAAAGAAGCAAAGAGAGGCAAACAUUUCUGAUUCUAGUAUUGUUGAUAUUGAAAAUAAUGGAACUGCGUCUGAUACCAGUGAUUGGAAUGAAUCGGUGCAAGAUAUUGUUGUACUAGAAGAAGUAUUACGUGUUGUGCUUGAAAUAUUAAAUUCAACAUUAUGUAAUCAACUAGUGAAUAAUCCAAAUUUAGUAUAUACAUUAUUAUAUAAAAAACAUAUAUUUGAGCCGUUUCGUAAUAAUAUUGCAUUUCAAGAUGUCCUACAAAAUAUUGAUUUUGUAUUAAAAUAUUUUACACAAAAAUUGGAUAGUGUUAGUCAAACGCAAGAUCUAGACGUUAAGGAAGUAUUAAAUGUUAUUACAAAAGGAGCACAAACGUGGCCUAAGGACAAAUUAAAGAAAUUUCCUGAUUUAAAGUUUAAAUAUGUGGAAGAAGAUCAACCUGAAGAAUUCUUUAUACCAUACGUUUGGGGAUUAGUUGGUCGUAACUCAUGUGUACGGCUUAGUAGUGAAGCAGCAAAAUUAUUUAAUUCAUCAACAGAAACCACCGCUGAUAAAACGUCGCAUGAAGCCGUCUGUUGAUAUAUUUUUGUUAUAAUAUAAA